CAAUUAGCAAGAAAUCUAAUCAAUUACAUACCGGAUUUCUCGAAUUUAACUAAAUUACAAUAUUUAAAUUUGACUUUCAAUCUUAUGGAGAAACUUGAAAAUUUAUCAAAUUUACUCAAUUUACCCAAUUCACCUAAUUUGAAUAAUUUAUAUGUUAGUGCAAACACUUCUUCGAUAAUAAAAAAUUUAUUCAAUUUAAUCAAUUUGCAUAAUCUACUUCUUUUUGAAAACAGCUAUACCCGAAUUGAAAACAAAUUCAAAUUCACCAAUUUGAGAUAUCUAAAUUUGCGAGACAACUCUAUAAGCAAUAUAGAUAACAAAGCUAAAGAACUUAACUCACUUAAAUUUAGCAGGGAAUGAAAUCGAGCAGCUCGAAGGUUAAAAGGGUUUAGUUAAAUCAAAAUAUUUAAAUUUGCCCUCGGAUAGGAUAACCAAUGUUGAACGUUUAUCUGGAUUGUUUAAACUGGAGUAUUUGAAUUUGUUAAUUAAUCAAAUCAGCAAUGUUGAA